GGAAGCGCGGGCGGGCGCGGUUGCCGUGGCAGCGGUCCCGGAGCCGCCAUGGAGGCCGCGGCCGCGCUCACCGACAUGUACGACCAGGCCCUGCUGGGCAUCCUGCAGCACGUCGGGAACGUCGAGGAGUUCCUGCGGGUCCUCUUCGGCUUCCUCUACCGCAAGACCGACUUCUACCGCCUGCUGCUGCGGCCUGGAGACCGGCUCGGCUUCCCCCCCGGCGCCGCGCAGGCCAUGGCCCUGCAGGCUUUCAAAGUCUUCGAGCGGAUGGCCAGGCAGGAUGAUGAGAAGAGGCGCCGGGAGCUGGAGGCAAAGCUAAGGAAGGAGGAGGAGGAGGCUGCUGAGAGGGUGAAGGCACCUGCUGCAGCUCAGGAGGUGGAGGUAGAGACAACAGCAGAGCUCAUCCCAGUGCCGGAUGCUGAGGGAGCUGCAGGGACACAGGAGGCAGCUGGAGCCCAGGACACAGCCCCCAGCCUGGAGUCUGCAGAGGCCGUGGGGGCCACAGCCCCAGCAGAGCUGCCCACGAGACAGGAGCAGUUCCAGACGAACCCCGACAGCUACAACGGAGCUGUGCGAGAGAACUACUCCUGGUCCCAAGACUACAGUGACCUGGAGAUUAAAGUGCCCGUGCCCAAGCACAUUGUGAAAGGCAGACAGGUGUCUGUGGAUAUCAGCAGCAGCACGAUCCGUGUGGCAGUGCUGGAGGGGAGCAGCCCGCACGUCCUCAUGGAAGGGAAACUCACCCACAAGAUCAACACAGAGAGUUCCCUCUGGAGCCUGGAGCCAGGGAAGUGUGUUUUGAUCAACCUGAACAAGGGGGAUGAGUACUGGUGGAACGCCAUCCUGGAGGGCGAGGAGCAGAUCGACAUCGACAAGAUCAACAAGGAGCGCUCCAUGGCCACCGUGGACGAGGAGGAGCACGCCGUGCUGGACCGCCUCACCUUCGACUACCACCAGAAGCUGCAGGGCAAGCCCCAGAGCCACGAGCUGAAGGUGCAUGAGAUGCUCAAGAAGGGCUGGGACACGGAGGGCUCCCCCUUCCGCGGCCAGAAGUUCGACCCCUCCAUGUUCAACAUCUCCCCUGGUGCGGUGCAGUUUUGACAGCGGCACCGAAGGAAGCAGGGAGAGGAGGAGCCCCCGGGGGGAGCCCCAUGGCCCUGGCACCGGACCCAUCACCUGGCACCAGGACCCUUCUCCCCUCGCCUCUGCUCUCGGGGGCUCUGCUGUGUUGUGGAAUAGACCGAGCUCGUUGGGUGACACA